AUGCCCUACGCAGAUGGAGACGAACAGGAUGUUAUUGACCGCCUGCGCGCGUCAGGGCGUUUAGUGCUUUCUCUGGUUGCAAUCAUGGAUGCUGAAGUGGUUGGGCAUAUUGCAUUUUCCAACGCUUUACUUUCCGACAGUCACGAUCCAUGGCUCGCCCUUGGACCGGUUUCCGUGACCCCGAACCAUCAACGUAGCGGAAUUGGCUCAGCAUUGAUCAACAAGGGCCUGGAGAUAAUCGAAAAGCAGGGCGCACCUGGUUGCAUCCUCACAGGCAACCCCGACUACUACCAGCGGUUUGGCUUCAAACUUGCGCCGGAUAACGUUCCAGCAAACGAAUCAGAACUAUACUUCAUGGUAAAAGCAUUCACUCCAACGCCGCCACGUGGCAUAUUUCGUUUUGACGAAGCUUUUUACUAUGAUCUUUAA